GGACAGUCAAGAGGCAGAACAAGCCCAACUCAAGCCAUCAUGUCUCUCAUCCACCAAACUCAGCCGCUGAACUUUGCGUCAGAAGACCACCACGACGAAUUCUCACUCUUUGCAGACGCGUUGAAAACCCUCAGGGUGGAUGAAAUUGACCCUCUUGACCCCGAACAUGGACCUGCCGCCGUUUGGAAGAGAAUCUGCGACUCGAAACUCGAUAAUCGUAACAGUCAUCUGUCGCCUGAGCAGAAAGAAUCCUGGAACCUGGAACGAAAUACUUGGCAACUCGUCCAAAUGCUCUACACCGAAAGAACUGCUCCCCCUCAGUCCUCAAGCUCCAAGCUCACAUCCAACCCCUACCUUCCACCUCUCAAGGUAGUCAAUCUUCAUCUGUCAAAGUCCAAGGACCUACUAGAACUAUCCACAUUCCGAGACUGGCUAUACACCUGUCCAAGUAGCACUCAUCCAGCCGAAAUCCGCAGAGGAUAUUGGCCAUACACCAAGGCGUCCCUCAAACAUACCCUCCAAAAAUAUCCCCACUCGGAUUCUCGACGACCCUCUGGGAAAGCCCCUCCUUUUCAUGCGAUGGACCCUGAUGCCCCUCUCCGUGCAAGUCGACAGCAAACCAAUCAAAGGUCACAGACGCUCCAGUCUGAUGAUAACCUCAAUUUCGUGUCAGAUCCAAAUGCAAUUCAGGAGAAAGGCGAUCUGGAACAAUUGGAUCAAGAAUACGACCGAGCAAUGGUGAAGACACUCUAUGAAUACAUCCGAGCCGGCGAGAUGGGCUUGGCCCUCGAUUUCUGCAGGCAAUGCGAUCAUCCUUGGAGAGCUGCCAGUCUGGCUGGUGGACAAUUAUUUCAAGAUCCGUCCCUGGAAGAGUUUGAAGAUGAAUCACCUUUGCCCCAGGAUGAAGUAUUGCCCGACGCCGAGUCACUAGAUAAUCCACUCAAUGAAACCCGUAAUCUGCCUCCUUACAAGCGUUCAGGAUGCUUGAACCGAAAGCUUUGGAAGUCAAUGUGUUUGCAUAUGUCUUCGAACAAAUCUCUUCCGACAUAUGAGCAGGCCCUCUAUGGUGCUUUGGCUGGCGAAACCAGCUCAGUCCUACCCGUCUGUUACACCUGGGAAGACCACAUUUGGUGUCAUAUCAACGCGAUUUUCGAAAACCAAGUCGAUCAAAUUUUGGAAUCUAACCAGCUGGGAUACUAUUGGUCACAUGGAGCUUUACCACCCGCCGAAAACCAUCAAAUCGACGCGUCAGAUGAUGAUACUAUCAUCUCAUCUCUUCAACCUCAACAUGUCGCUCGACAGAACUUCCCUCAGCGAUCUAAUGGUGAACCUCAAACGGACAUCAAACUUGCGAUGAAUAAAGCAUUCGAUAAAAUCCUCCGAAGUGAACAAACUUCCUUGGCUGAGAGCGCCAGGAACCCAUUCCAUGUUGCCCAGAUGUGGUUGGCGAUCGACAAAAUCAAUGACCUGUUCACCAGCUUUUCGGAUCGUUUGAAAUCUGCAUCGGAAGACUUUACUCGAGAGCAUCUCUCGCAUCUCCUGCGUUUUUUCUCUCACUUGAUUUUGUUUUUACGCGCGAUUGAUGAAAAGGUCGACAGUGAGGCAUCGAACGCGAUUCUGCGGGGCUAUGUUCAAGUCUUAGAAAUGGAAAAUAAACACAACCUCAUCGCAUUCUAUGUCGCGGAACUGCAACCAGAAUCCGGCGUUGAGACAUAUGCAAAGUAUCUGAUUUCUUUGGGUCCUUCCGCCGAUUUCCCCACGCGCCGCGUCGCGUUGCUCAGGGCCUUGGAACAUGGUUUAGAUAUAUCGCGGGUCGCAUGUACAGCCGUGAAGCUGACUUUACAAGAAAUUACCCGCGCAUCACUGGAAUCCAAUCGAGAGCAUGGCCUCAACAAGUUCAGCCAUCAGCUGACAGAUAAACAAAGGGAGCUCAUUCGCUCCUUGGAGUGGCUAAUCAUCGACCCAGCAACAUAUCUAGAGGCGUUGAUUCAAGCCAACUCCUUGAUCAGAUACUUCUUAACGGCCGGCCAUCCAAAUGCUGCGCGUGAGGUUGUCUGCUCUGUGCCAGCAGAUGUACUCAGCGUGAUUGCUCAAGGAAAGGAUCCUCUAGCCGAGCCAGAGGCUGGAGAUAUCACAGGAAACACACAUAAUGCGAUUCUCGAGUUCACUCAGUAUCGCGACUUCUUCAAUUGUCUGGAGUUGCACGUGCAAGUUGAUGAGAUUUUGAGCCAACGACCGAUGGAUGGAUCGACUACUUCAGAAUUGCAAGCCUUCACAGAAGCAUUGGAGGAAAUGUGCGAUCACCUGUACACCGCUGUUACUGCGAUCUUGAGUUCGGAGUGGCUCCAAGAUAUCCGAUUCAACCCCACAGAAAACAUAGAUGAGCAAGAGCAGGCGGCAGACCGAAGGAUCGCAGAAUUGAAUCUGAUCAGGAACAUCUACAUUCCUGAAUUGGUUUUCCGCUUACAUGGCGCAUUGGCUGAAUCUGGAGAUUACAUUGUCACAAAUCUAAGACGAGCGUUGGACUUGGCCACCCUGGUUGCCAACGAGAGCUACAAGAACUAUGUCGAGUUCAUGCCCCUCAACCAACAAGAGCUCUCUACUCCUGCCAUCCACAAAAAGAAGGAAAACAAGAUGAAGGAUUACUUGCGCGAAUUGAGGGUCGUCCAUCUCCGGAUUCUCAAAUGUUCUGGCGUCCAUCCUUUGCGCGCUGUCUUGAAAUAAACUUCCCGAUGCCUCCCUUGUUUACAACUCUAUUUUAUGUAGUUCACAUAUAAUCAAUCAAACACAAAAACAUUUAUAUAUAUAUCUUAACUUUUUGGUUCUGUGGUUCUAUCUUCAUUCUAAUCUAGUUGUUGGUUCUUAUCCUCAAUCAAUCUGAAGCGGAUGUGACUUGAAUCAAACAUUAAGAAAAACAAAACACUGUCUGGCACCUUUU